CCUAAGGAAGUUGUGUAUGUCAGCAGACUCAAACUCUCUGCAGUGACAAACAUUUAGUUACAAUCAAGGCUGAACCUGGAGAGGAAAAUCUACUUCUACAGCUGCUGCGUUAUUUGGAGAUAGACAUGGACAUUAAUGUUCUCCUCCUAAUUCUGAUAUUUCUAAGUCUACCUGAAGCAAUAUCUGCAGAGAAGAAGAAGCUGAGACUUGUAAAUGGAGGCAGCCCCUGUGCUGGCAGAGUGGAGCUUUAUCACAGUGGUCAGUGGGGGACAGUAUACAGUUAUAACUGGGACAUUCAAGAUGCUGCAGUGGUCUGUAAACAGCUGGAAUGUGGAUCUGCUGUAGCUGCCCCUAUUAAUGCUCAUUUUGGUGCAGGAACAGGACCAGUGUGGAUGGAUGAAGUUCAAUGUCAAGGAGGAGAGGCUGCCCUGUGGGACUGCCAGAGCCCAGGACUGAGACAGCAUGGUUAUUCUCACACAUGGGAUGCAGGAGUCACCUGCUCAGGCAAGCAAAAGGGAGAGGGUCCAGGCAUGAUAUCACCAGAAGAAAGGGGUAAUAUACUGAAAAAACUGCUGUGUACUGUGAAGAACGGCCAGCAUAUGGAUAUGCCUGAUACAAAGAUGCAGGAUUAUGGAGGGGAAUAG